CUAGUUAACUGCAUCCUCUUCCUGUAUAUAUUUGUUGCGAGAUUAGCGACACUUUCAUUCAAGAUAGCUACACUUCAGUUAUGCUGACAAUAAGGUGAUUUAACUCUACUUUUAAAACAUGGGUAUAUACAGCAUGGCUAUAUUAAGCGUAGUUCAAGUUAAUUGUGAUGCAGACUUUUAAUUCAGACUCCGACGGUGGCUUUUCUUAUUUAUGCGCUAAGCUACAUAACGUUACUCAGACCAGAGGAAUUGCUGCUUACUUACAGUCAAUGGUGCAGCUGGUUUCUCGGGGUCAAACAAACCUGUUUUUCCAAAGGUUUCGUUGUUCAGUCAUGUUAGUCAAGGUCUAAAUCAGCUGCAGUGACAGCAGCCCACAGACAUUCUGUAUAGCGUUCACUGCAGGCUCAGAGGUCCAACAGAGGGAUUACCGACCAUGGCAACACAACAGUGGACCGGUGUUCCCGACUGCUGCACCCCCAGCCCGGAGGACUUUCCAUCAGUUCCCCAGGGUGUAGUCAGCCCUCCCAGCCUUGAAAACCUGUCCUGCGCCUCUCCGAGUGCGGGUCAAGCUAGACAGCCGGAGCCCAUCUCCUAUGUAACCCUUCAGGAGCAGCGGUGCGUCCUGAGCUGGUUCCAGGGUUGGACCGCCACUCAGAGGGAGCGGUUCUUGCAGGAUCUGCUUGGGAAAGCUGUGCCCGGGAAAGUGUGCACCCUCCUAGAUGCACUCAGUACCCUUCAGGUUAAAGACCGACUACCAAACAUCUUUGAAUGUCAGCUGCGCCUGUGGACCCAGUGGUUUGAGUCCUGGGGAGAAGAGGAAAGGAAUCAUUUCCUGCACAUGCUGGAGGAACGGGAUCCAGUGUUUGUUUCCCACUUUUAUAGCAGUGUAGCUGGAACAGCAGGAAGAGACUGAGCAGUGUUUGUGUUAUUACAAAAUGUGUUAAAGAGGUGAUGUGUAUAUUAAAUCUGAGAUAGUUCUCUUUUCUUUCUUUUUCAAAGAAAUGUUUGUGUAACUGUGAUGGAAGUUAUUGAAGGUAUACCGUUUCCUUUUAAGAACAGACCUGUUCAUUCAGUAUGAGCGAGUUUUUUAAACUCUGUGUCCUGCACUGGAUUCUGCAGGGCUGCAUCACAUAUCACUUUUCAUAUUAAGUUAAGAACUUCUUGUUUAGACAAUGAAGCGCCGCCAUUUUGUGACCCAGUGGCAGUAUAAUAUCUGGGUAUAAGAAAAAUAAACGUAAAGGCUUUUUUUCUGCA